UAGGAUCUCAGAAUAGUUAAUACUCAGAGGAGGUGGGACACUCUAUAGCUUAUUCAUGCCCUCAUUAUAUACCUACAUGACUUUUCCUGAAAGUCUCUCAGCAAGGCCCAGAUAAGGCCUAUGGGCCCAAGUUUCUAACAACAAAAUUGUCUUGUUUAUGGACAGCAACAAGUCCCAAGAAGCAACAUAAACUUAGAAAGAUGGGAAUGACACCUGAGGGAGAAACUCAGAAUGAGGACAACAUACAGACAACACAGACCAAGAUUCUAUUAGGCGCUGAUGCCCAGUUAUUGGCACUACAAAUGUCAGCCAGAGAAGGUUUGGAACAUGCAAACAGAACCAAAGAGAAGAUCUCUAAACUCAACCAAGUGAUUAGGAAGCAGUGGAAUGAUAUUGAGUUGGUAAAAUCCCGGUGUUGGGAGCUCCAGGACUCCAUUAAUACCACCAAACGACUUGAGAGGAUAUCCCUCAAUGUCACUUGGAGCAAACUAUCUGAGCUGGAAAAUGAUUUGGAGAAGGCUAAAGAAGAUGCUUUCCGGCACCUGAGGAGAUUCCAGUUGAGUGCAAAUCAAAAGACCACCUAUGAGAAGAAAAGAGAAAAUGAGCAGAACAGGAUGCUCAACUUUGCCCCAAUCAACAUCUAUGCAAAUCCCUAUGCUGAGGCCUUAGCAGCAUUAGAGGCGAUGGCUGUUGAUGAACCCGAGAACUCUCCUGAAACCAAAGAUGAUAUCAUUGCUAGUUCUAAAAGUGAAGAUUCCGUUAAAGAUUUGGCUGGAUCAGAAACAUACACGAGUGACUUUGAGGCAGGAGGGACAGAGAAAAGCCAGGAGGAGGAGAGUGUAUCUACUUCACUAGAGCAGUCAGAGUAUAGUGUUGAUAGCGCCUUUGGGAGAACUGAAACAAGUAGAAAUGACUCCGGGAGCAGAACCAGUGAUAGCUCUUCAAAAUGUAGUGACUCUAGUGAGAAUGAAUCAGAAAGUGAAGUUAGUGAAAAUUCUUCUGAAAUCAAAAUCAGCGAUCAUGACUUAGAAGAUCUUAGAGCCAGUGAGAACCAGAGUCCCUCGGAAAUGAGAAUUAUGGGGAAUAAUUUAGGAAUUAAAAGCAGUAAGGAUUCCCCAGAAAUCAAAUGCUCUCAGAGUCUUCCAGGAAUUAAAAACAUUAAGGGUAGCUCCAUAAAAUGCAAUGGGAACACCUGGAGAUUCAAAAGUAACAAGAUCUCUCCAAGUGCCAAAAUGAGCAAAAAUGAUUCAGGCCUCAAAAAUAAGAGCGGCUGCCCAGGAAGCGGAUACAGUGAGAACUCUUUGGGAACCAAAAUCAGGAGGAGCCCCUCUGGAAUCAAAAUCAAUGAGAAUCUCUCUGAAGUUAAACUAAGUGACAGCCCCCUAGUCAAAAGCAAUGGGAUCCCUUCAAAAACCAAAAUUAAUGAGAGCCCCUUGGAAGCCAAAAGUAGUAGAAGUGACUUGGGGGUCAAGAAUAGUAAGGACAGCUCAGUCAAAUCCAGCAAGAGUCCUCCAGGAGUCAAAUGUGGGAAAGUUAAGGCUGGUGGGAGCCCUUUAGGGGUUAAACACAAUGGGAGUCCCCCAGAAACCAAACAAAAUGGGAGUGUCUCAGGAACCAAACAAAAUGAGAGCCCCUCGGGUAUUACAAAAACUGGGAAUCCUCUAACUGUCAAAGCUAGUGGAAGCCCUGUAAGAACCAAAUACAGAGAGAAUGUGUCUAGAACCAGAGAGAAUGGGUAUUCCUUGGGAGGCAGACAAAGUGAGCGGAUUUCAGGAGUCAAGCAGAGAGAGAGAGUUUCAGGAGUUAAAAGAAAUGAAUUUUCCUCAGCAUCCAAACGCAGGGAGAGGCCUUCAAGGGCCAGAGUUAAUGGGGGCUCCUUGGGAGGCAAAACGAACAAAAAGCCCUCUGGAGCCAAAGACUGUAAAAGCCCCCCAGGAGCCAGAAGUCAGGACAGCUCCUCGGAGAGCAAAUCUGGCGGGAGCCUCUCGGAAGCAGUCAGUGGCAACGACUCGGAGGCCAAACGCAGCAGCAGCAGCUCCUUGGAAGAGAACACUACAACCAAGACUAACAAGAAUAGUGCCAUGGGCCCAAGUGUACAAAAGACUCAUUCAAAAUAAGAGAGGACACAAAGCAAAAAUCCCUCGCCUGUCUCUGUUACAAAGUCAUUCUUUGUGACUUUCAUCAGACCCUUUCCUUUUGACAGAUUUUUGGUCAUUUCAGCUGAAGCCAGCUCCACAUUCUUUCACUGUCCCCUCCCCCAAGAGUAAAAAGGCUUGUCUAUACUGGGGCAGAGUUGUUCACCACAGGUGCCAAUUAAAGAAGAAAAGUCACGGAUAAUUUAAAAAGGAAAGAAAAACCAAAGGAUUGAUCACCAAAUAAAUAAAAACUUUUAAUGAUUAACAAA